AUGCCUACCCGAUUCUCGCGCACCCGCAAGCACCGCGGACACGUCUCCGCCGGUCACGGACGUGUUGGCAAGCACCGCAAGCACCCCGGUGGUCGUGGUCUGGCCGGUGGUCAGCACCACCACCGCACUAACCUCGACAAGUACCAUCCCGGUUACUUCGGUAAGGUUGGUAUGCGUUACUUCCACAAGCAGCAAGCCCACUUCUGGAAGCCCGUCAUCAACCUGGACAAGCUCUGGACCCUCGUCCCCGCUGAGAAGCGCGAGGAGUACCUCGCCGGCAAGGGUGACAAGGUCCCCGUCAUCGACCUCCUCCCCUUCGGCUACUCCAAGGUCCUCGGCAAGGGCCGCCUCCCCGAGGUCCCCAUCGUCGUCAAGGCUCGCUGGGUCUCCAAGUUGGCCGAGAAGAAGAUCACCGAGGCCGGUGGUGUCGUUGAGCUCGUCGCAUAA